AUGCUUCUUCUUCUCCAUCGAGAUGCCUUUACCGGCGCCGAAAGCCGGCUAGCUUCAAGACUGACCAUCUCCGUUCCAGCAUCGAAUAGACACCUAGGCAGCGUUCGUGCAAGUCAAUGGUGCACCGGUUGGCCCUACUGGCGUGGUAGCCGCGGCCGCCGUGGAGCCCGCGAGGACGACUUGGACGAAAUGUCGAGAAAACUUCAGGAACUCUAUACGAAAAUAAGCCACAUAAACAAACGGAAUCUUGCACAUCACAACCACUGGCGUGGCUGGGGUAAGCACGACCACACUUCUGAGAAUCAUCGUGGUCGUUGGCGUGCUGGGCGAGACCGGAACGAGCGGAAGAAUAAGUCGCCAAGUGGUCAGCGAGGUGAAUUUGAUGAUAUUAUGAAGAAAAUCGAAGCUGAUCCAUAUGAGUUUUUGUUUGGGAGGAGCAAUGAAUACCUGCGGCUUCCGAAGGCUUGGUCGCCGUUCUGCCGGUCGUUUCUGAAUAUUGGCGGCUCGGCUCGCGAGGCACAGCCAAAUACUGGCAGUAGUGCUGGUGAAAAGGCUGCUAAAAAAGGUGUCGUCAUAGACCAUGACAGCAAGCAUGCUGAUAUACUGUCAAGUGAUUCUAAUGUGACCGACUCGGUCACGCCAGCAGUACACGGUCCAGAGCUUCAGUUUGACCCAAUCAGUGGAAAAAUGAUACCGCGCAGUCAAACUGUGGAUAAAGAAACUACAAACGAAAAUGAAUACAUCGAUAUUCCUGUGAAGGCUUUCUCGAGUUCUGAGACAUCUUCCCCUGAGAAGCAUGAUCUUCCGUCUGAUAAGAUGGUUGAUGCACCAUUUCAGAACACGAGCAGGAAUGACAUUAUCUAUCUAGAGGACGCCAGCAACUAUACUCAUAAAUCAGCAGAUGGGAAAGCUAGCGUUGUCUCUACUCAAAAGCCAGAUAUUGAUCGACAAGCCAGCAGCCCAAUAACAGACCCAAAAAUCAGGCAAUUCUCCGAUUUCGACGACGAGGACAUAUCCCAGCUGAGUGCCAGCGACAUUCGAGCUUCCUUUGCCUCCAGAAAUGAAAUCUCCAAUGAUUCUGUCGAGUCCACGCACGAUGCAUCUACCGAGCAGCAGCAGCAGCAGCAGCAGGUCAAUGAGGCCGCGAAACACGUCAAGGGAUUUAGCGGAAACAUGCACUUGCUCAACCAAGAACUCACCGAUUUAUGCGCACGCCUAGAAGAGUAUUCAUCUGCAGAUGUGGUAGAACCGGAUCUAUAUCGCGUUCUUGCCUACGACCCGUCUACAUCAGAAGUCGUAAUUGCAGAGACUACAUCGUCGAUCCAUGCAACCGGGGCAACCCUGCCUCCAUCCGAGGUGAUGCUGAGCAUAAACAAUCCUGCGAAAUUUCUACCCUAUUUUGCAAAAAUGAAGAACGAUGGCUAUGAGAUUGUGUCCGGGGGUGAUAAUAUUCUUGUCUUUAGAAAAGGGCCGUUUGGCAGCGGAUCGGAUUUUAUUUCUACCCAAAGCGCGCCUUCUAGGAUUUCCAAUAUGCCAAUGGGCUCGCAGGCAGAGGCCAAGGCCAAUACUCUUUCAAAUGCGGAUGACUUGAUUCAGCCUAUCAAGGCAGAACCCAACCCUUCUUCAAAUUCAACAACAACAACCACCCCAAGAAUCGUCCGCCGCCAGGAAACUAUAUACACCGGCGGCCCACCAAACUGGUCACCAUACCCACCUCCCUCACCUUCUUAUAACCUAGACGAGGAGAUCUCCAGCUUAAAAACAAAGUCUGAAUCAUCUUUUGGAAAGACGAUCCGGCGUGUCUUUUUAACUGGUUUUGCGACAGCCGGAGUGCUUUAUGCUGUUGGCGUGGUGUGUGAGUAUUUUCGCACUGGUGGCCAGGAUGGCUUGGGUCCGGAAGGGUUUACUGCGUUUGAGGCUGAGCGAAAACGACGGGAUUAG